AUGCUUGGCAGGUCUGGUUCCUUGAAUGCGAAGACCCGCGAGCUCAUUGAACUUCAAACACUCGCUAAGACUCGCACCCAAGCAUUGCGAUCUGUUUUGUCGGAAGUGCGAAGCUGCCGAAAAGAGAUUUGGGUUGACCUGGAGUAUAUUCAGCAGAAGCUUAGGAUCCUGAAAGCCAAGGCGCAUCUGACCCGACCUUCUGCCUAUGCUAGAGCAGCCUUCCAACAGCAAGCGAAGCGCCGGAUCGAGAUAUCAACGCUUGUGCAGAUCGACACAGGGCAACAUGUUGCGACGAUGUCUUUUGAUGGCGUCGAGAACAUCUUUCCUGAGAGCUGGAUGGCAAAUAUGGAUCGGAAGAUUCAAGCUGAUACUGUGCCGGAUAUUCCGGCUAGUACUUUCCGGAGUGAAUGUACUUUCAGAGUAGGUGCCACACGCAGGAAUCGACCUUCCCAUCACAAUAGGGUCCUUCUACGUACGGUGGAAGAGCACUCUUCGGCCAACCUGAUACCAUCCCCUGAACCUGAAACGUCUCGAAGAAGCGAUCCCGGGCCACCAGCCCCGAGGGCGGGUAGUUGCCUGUGGGCCACUGCUCCAAGGCCUUCUCUAGGACCGGUGCCCGUACCGAGAUCUGCCACGAAUCUCAAAACCUUUGUUCAUCUUUUGCUCGGCUCGCAACUCACCUGCGGCUCCGGCGCAUGGAAACGCGCUUUCCGUCGUAUAUUGACAUCCGCAUCCUUCCAUGGAGUGCAAAUUGAGGUUGAGGUGGGCCAGUAUGUCCAACUAUAUCCACUUACUUGCAACGUGUCGCUCAAUCCUCAUCCACAUAUCAAGGCACUGGGUUCGUGGAUCAAGUACUACAGUCUCCGUGAUGCUGUGCAAAUUACACAGUCCGCCAGAGGAGUCUUUUUAGUCCGCGUGAGCAGCACACUACAGACAGUAAGCAAAGUUCAAAGAAAGUUCCGAAUGCACAUGAACAUACUUGGGCCUUUGGCGUGUCACUUUGCCAUUCCUUUGCCACGGAUGCAGCGGCGUGAAUCACCAAGUGUUCAAACAAACGAUACGGAAAGGCAAAUUCCUAGCCCGAGUCUUGCCAGCGGUAUAGCUGCCGCCUUGAGAUGGAACCUGUUCACCUCACAAGGCAGAGCUGAGAUCUUGGAGGAGUAUUAUCAAAUCUUUCUGUCAAGGGAAACCACCCGACCCGACGGACAUUCAUACGGAUCAGACCCAGAUCGAACGCCACGGAAUAGUGUCGAGCCUUCGACGCCGUCACGGUUCGAGACUACCAACACUCCGUCGUUCUCUGGGACAACGCUCAGAACCAAUGCCAAUGAUGGCGAGAGGGAAGAGGGCACAGCGGUUGCCAAGAAUCAGCGGACUCCAAAAUCAGCAUAUGAAAAGAAGAGAGAGCUUAGAUGUCCAUUCUCCGCCGCCGGUCGUGGAAACGGGAAAUGCCUCACUUAUUCCACGAAAUUCGUCCACAGACUCAAGUCAGACCAUUUGAUACCUGACCACCGGCUUGAGAAGGCCUCACUUGACCUAAGGCCCCGCAAGCAGGGGGAGUCAGAGGAAAGUAAAUGGGACCGACUGUUCCCAAAGGUGAUUAAAGGCUGGGACAAACCCCUGCCUUCAUGUUACUAUAGUGCAAAUUACCAGCCUCUGAUUGGGCUUGAGUCCCUCCUGCGGAGCGAAGCAGACCGACUGGGGCAAGAAAGCCUGCGAACCCUGUCGGACAAUGCAGGUGCCAGCAACACACAUCCAUACAGCGCCGAUGAUUAUCUAUCGCAACCACCAGCCCAAGUGAAUCAAGUGCUGAACAGCUUGUCGUACGUCAAUGAAAUCUCGUCUGCUGAAGCAGAAAGGGACACAGUUUCGCCAUACCAAGCCGUUGUCGAUGAGCAAAACAACAGCUUCAUGUACGAUGGCGUAGUGGCAAAUCACAUAGACAUGCAGUCUCUACCUGCGACCUCUUAUCAUCCAUCCCAGAGAGUUCCGUGGACGUCCGGCACAAGCUCGAGUGAGAGCUCAUCUCUCUCUCCAUUCGUCUCCGGCUCAGACUUUUCACACUCAGUAACCAGCUCCAUCGGCUCGUGCACGCGGGGGUCGCUGUCAUGUGGUGUUCUCCUGGUCGGAUAAAGCAACGCCUUUCAUCAUCUCGGGCGAGCAGGGCUCCGGACUUUGUCGCUGUGGCUCACAUUCGCCGGAGUGUAUAAUCUUCAGGCACGAAUACGACGCGGGUAAAUGCACUUGCUGCAAGGGAUGGAUGCCAUUUUCGGACCGUGCAACCCCUUUCUUGCU